GGAAUAUAAGCCAAGGAAUCGAUGAGGGAAAUACUCAAUUUGUAUCCGGAUCAAGGCGUAAUUGAUCUGAUCGAUAGAGUAUAUUUCCGGGCUGUAUCGUCAUGACGUGUUCCGUACCAGCGCCGGGGCUGGUGCUUGGCGCUGUGCCGUGCUUUUAGCCUUUUUGCGCGGUGUAUUUGCGGUGUAUUGUAUUGCUUGCUGUAUUAUUGGCGAUAGAUCUGUUCUGUCUCUCUCUCUCUCUCUCUCUCUCUCUGCUGUCGAUUUCUUUGAUUUCUUCAUUUUCAAUUUCUCAAUUAUCAUCUUCAUAUUCUCUCUCUCUCUCUUUCUUCCUUCAACCUUCAACUUCGUCGUCUGCUCGUCGUCGUCAGUUGUUGGAUGAUGCAUGGCCCAUAACUCUAUCCCUGCUGGUUGAUAUCAACCUCCUCUUCCUCCUCCUCCUCCUCCUCCUCCCUCCCCCUUGUCUGCGCCUUACGCUGUCUUCCUUCCCAAACCCUGUUGUUUCCCCUCUCUUCUCCCCACAAACCAUCACCAUCCAUCCAUCAUCAUCCAUCCAUCAUCAUCCAUCAUCCAUCAAUCUCUCUCUCUCAAUCUCAAUCUCUCUCUCUCAAUUACCACUCUCUUAUUCCCGCACUCGUUCUCGUCCAAUUCGCUCGUCUCGACUUUGCCGCCCGGGUAGGCGCUGUGGUGGUUCGCCGUCUUCAGCUGCUCCAACAGCAAGCCACAUCCCCGCUAGUGCAGAUCUCGCCUUUCCCACAACCCGAUUUCAGUCUCUCUCUCUCUCUCUCUCUCUCUCUCUCUGCCUUCUUCUCUCCCCCAACCCAACUCCAACUCCAAACUCCAACUCAACUGCUAUCCGAUAUCCCCCUCCAGCAUCGCCCUAUCCACCGUUUUUCACGCGUCAAAUCCCCAUCCCUCUGCCGUUUUGUCUUUGUUGGCCCUGCCGUCGCCCUUUUCGCGAUGGCUUCGACGCGUCAACCGCCGCCUUUGCGCAUCUACCAGGACUCCGGCCCUCUUCCCCAUCCCCAUCCCCAUCCCCAUCCCCAUCCCCAUCCUCAGCCUCAUCAUCCCCAUCAACAUCCCCAUCCCCAUCCUCAUCCCAUUACUACCCCGUCCAUGACUCAGCCUCCCAACACUCAAUCUGCAUCUUCGAAUCUUCCUCAUCAACCGAACCGCCUGCAGCCCUCUCCCAUGCCGCUGCAGCCCAUGAGAAACGCAUCCAUUAACAAGAAUCUUGCUCUUACUCCCACUACGAAUGGCCAAUCCAACGUCUCCCCCGUGAAACCCCAACGGCGUCCCAGCAUGUCUGCUCCGGGCGCCAACCACCACAACCACCACCACCACCAUCGCGACAAACUGAGCUUUGUUCCGAUUUCUGCACCUCAUCCUGUCGCUUUCACUACAGAUUCGCCAACUAAGCAUUCCCGGGCCAACGGUUCGACUUAUUCCCAGAGCGCUCCUCCCCCAAUUGCCCAGCAUGCUCUCUUUACCACUUUUUCCAGCAUUCCAACAACGGACCACUCCCAUGGAUCCAGGGCGCAUUCCAUCAGCGCACAGCACGAAAAGAAAUUAUCCAACACCCCGGCUUUCCACCAACGUCCAUCUGCCUAUGCAGGUCCCACCCCAGCUAAACGAACGUUAAUGGAACCCGCACCGCUGUCGAAAGACCGCCCGUCAAAGAAACCCAAGCGCGAAGAACUAUCAUUCGUUCAAUUACCUGAUCCCAGGGACAUGCCUCGAAUCGAGGAUGAUGGCGCAAAGCCUCCUUAUAGCUAUGCCAUCCUUAUCGGAAUGGCUAUUCUUCGCGCCCCAAAUCGGCGUCUGACUCUUGCCCAGAUCUACAAGUGGAUCUCAGAUACUUUUGCCUUCUACCGUGCUGGCGACUCGGGCUGGCAGAACAGCAUUCGUCAUAAUCUGAGCUUGAACAAGGCCUUCAUCAAACAGGAACGCCCAAAGGAUGACCCUGGGAAAGGAAAUUAUUGGGCUAUUGAGCCUGGCAUGGAAGCCCAAUUUUUAAGGGAUAAGCCCGCGCGCCGAAACCUGGUCGCGGCGCUUUCUCAGCCCACCCCACGCCCAGAGCCGCGCAUUGAAUUGCAACCUCGCCUCUAUCCUACGCCCAUUGCUGCUAACCGCGCAACUACUACCACUACAGCCACUCCUGAUGCUAUCAAUAUCACCGCUGCUAAUACUACUAAUACUACUACUACUACUACUACCACCACCACCACUACCAACAACUCUACCAACACUUCGGCUCCUGCCUCCAACCAUUCUGCAACCGCAACUAUCACUAAUUCAUCUUACAUGCUACCUCCCACCGGUCAACCAUCCAACAGGGCUGUUAAUAUAGACCUGUCUUCCGAUGCGACUUUACCUGCCUCUGACCCUGCGCUCCAGGAGGACAGUGGGGAUGAAGUUGAACGCCUUGCCAUGCACCAUUCAACCCGAUUACCACUCUCUUCCCCUCCACCAAUCCAUUCUUCCCCUCCCAUCGCGCCUUCUGUCUUUCAUCGUCAGGCAACCCCUCCAACUCCAUCCCGUCCACUGACAGGUUCGGCUGCUAUUCCACGUUCAAGAAAACGCAGCUCUGCCGCGAUGAAUGAUUCUGGUUAUUAUUCCUCGCUCGAAUCUUCUGCCAUGCGACCACACAAGGCUGGCCACAUCUUAACCUCAGAUUUAGAUAUCGAACCUCCCCGUAUUAAGCGAGGUCGUGCCGAGGAGGAAAUUGCGCGCAUCCGCAGCUCUUCGCAUGACAUUAGCCCGUUACGUAAGGACACAACUCAGUUGAUUGGAUCUUCACCUCUCCGACAUGGAUAUAACAACAUGCUUCCUCCCCCUAUUACCCCCGCGAUUAAAUUCAAGAAACCAACCAAACCCCCGCCUUCUCUCUCUCCAAACACAAACCUACAAAACCACCGCAAGAAAAUCCAACAAAUGGUGAAUUCUCCAAUCAAGCAGUACGGCCUGACAGAUGACAUUCUACCCUGGAGCCCGGCCUUUAACAUCCAGGAUGACGCCUUCCUCUCAAAUGACAAUCUCAACAUCCCGUUUGACAUAUUUGCUGAGCAGUUCCCGACCACAAUUUCCACACCUUCCCAUGGCUCCCCAGAAAAACGCUCAGCGAGACGUCCACGUUUUGAUCGAAGCAGCAACAUGCUCGCAGAUAUCACUGACCUCCAUGGCAAUAAUCGACUGAAUACCCCCACGCUCAAGUCAUCCAAAGUGAGGGGACUAAAGUACCACGAGUCACCAUCUAAGAAACCAAAUACUCCCCAGUUCAACGAUGUCUCCCAGGAUGACCUGUUCUCAUUCAACCUCUUUAGUGAGGAUACGGCAGAGGUUGACGGAAUCGAUCUCUUGCAAGGAUUUGAGAAAAUCGGCCAGUCAGGCAAGGAUGACUAUUCUCCCAAGCAACUUCUUCAGAAUCGGUCAUAUUUUGGAUCCAGGAGCAUCAAUAACAAUAACCCGCGAUUCUAAAAUAAAACACGACCGUUUCUGCGAGAAAUCAACUUGUAGGAUUCCGCUUUUGAAACGAAAUUCUUCUCCGCGUUUGGAUGGAGUAUUGGAAUCAAUUCUCAUCAUCGCUUUUUUGACUGUUUCGCCCUCUUGGUUUUUUGUUAUACCUCUCCAUUUUGGUAUUUUGCUUCCUUUUCCCACCGCUCGGUUUGGGUUCUUGGAGACAAACCGCCAUAAUUAAAUUUUUCUACUGCAUCCCUUUUUUGUUUUUUUUUUUUUUUUUUUUUUUUUUUUUUGUUUUUGGAUUCCAUGACCACAUCAAAUAUGGUGCUUGGGUAUGGCUUCCGUUAUUUAUCUUCUUCGACAGCUACGGCUACAGUUUCUCAUGAGUUUGUUUCUGGGCGGUCUCUUAGUUUCUUCCUGCAAGCGUGUUUGUUUCGUGUUAUCUGCAUCGUCCCUUGGCAUUUUUUCAUUUUUUUUUCCCAAUUCGUACGGUUUACCUUUUUGCGGCUCUUAUUUUUUUUUUCCCCGCCAUUCUUCUCUGCUCUAAUGUCUGUGCAUAUCCAUUUCAGGCGGGUGUUCAUGUUUAAUCUUUUAUGUGGCUAAUCUCUCUUCUUUUUUUUCCCUGAUAAUAUCUUUUACUGCUCUUGGUGUUUUGAGUGUUUAUUUUAACUCUCUGUGUUUCUGGGUUUUCCCUUCCUACCCUGUCGUUUUAUCUGUUUUCUUUUUCUUCUCAUUCGUUCGUCUUUUUGCUGGUCAGGUACAGCCGGUUUCGCGAAGGGAAAGGAUAACAGGAACGGGAACUGGAAAGGGAUAGAUAGGGUAAGGAAGGCACCCAAAAAAAUGGAUGGGAACGAGGCGUGCGUGGGGUUUUACUUUCUAUUUUUUUGUUGUGUUUUAUUAUGGGACGGUGACGACAACACGACGCUCAUGAUACUAUGAUAUGUAUGUUUUUUUGUCUUUUUUUUUUUUUUUUUUUUUUUUUUGUUUUUAAUUAAUGUAUGUAUGCAUGUGCACAACGGGCUUAUGGGAUUAUGACUGAUGGGCUUGCGAGGGCUUUUUUUGUUUUGUCUUUUUUUUCAUUUUCAGUUUAUACACUUGCAUACAACAGGACGCUUUAAACAGUUUUAUGAACUUUGCUUCUUUUCUUGCUUUCAAUUUUUCCUCCGUUUUUUAUUUACUUUUUCCUCGGUAGAGGUGGAUGGAUGGAUGUUAGAUACAGUGGUUAGAUCGUAUCAUACUUAUUACAUAUCUUAUAGUUAUUCUAAAUUCUUUCAUUUAUGUUAGUUACUUCACGGUGUUUCUGCUCUCGUUUUUGAUUAUGUAUUAUUCGUGGGUAUAAUAUAGUAUGAUCUCUUCAUACAUAACCUUUCACAUUGACAUUUCACAUUGACAUGGUCAUAUCUAUCCUAAGCUGAGUGUGGAUAGAGUAUGUAGCUUCUUAA